AUGGAGCCUCCCUACACCCAAAGAACCGGCGUCCCUCUCCAGACACGCCCGGUACUUAGCCCAUUCGAUCCAUCAGCCCUACAGAGCCUUAAUUCUAUCUUACCCCCUAAGAAAAAUGGCUUGACUAUUCAUAUUCAGGAUCACUACGCACCAAAACGCUAUCGCCCUGGCUCUAUAGUUAUGGGCACUGCUAUCAUCAAGCCCAAGAAGCAAACUCCUUUCACCAGCAUCUCAAUAAAGUUUGUUUGCGACUCCAGUGUUGAGCGCCCCAACGCCACUCUAUUGUUUGAGACAUGGCAUCGAUUACUUGAUCUGGAAAUGCCGAUUGAGCAGGCGACAUUACCCGCCAAUAAAGUUCUUCAGCCAAAUGAGACUUACACCGUUCCCUUUUACUUUGUCCUUCCCACUACCCUCGGUACAGAGGCUUGCUCACAUAACGUCAUAUGGCAAGAAACACGCGAAAUGCACACGCAUCUUCCACCCAGUGUCACCGGCUGGGAAAGUGAUGCGAUGAUCCCAAGGGGUGUGCGCGUUGACUACGGCGUUAUUGCCCAGGUCUGGGACUCGGCCAACCCUGAGUAUGCUAAGAUGGAGGCCAAAGAGACCGUUCAGUUCUUGCCAGGUCAUAUCCAACACUCGCAUCUGAAGAUCCCUACAGAAAAUAGAAAUUUUAAGUUCGGGUCGUCUAAACAUCUCAAAUCCGGUGUCUUUGGUCGCUCUUGGGGUGAAAUCACAUUAUACGCCGACCAACCCACUGCAAUCGUUCUCGACUCCAGUGGAAAGAGUUUUCAUUCUACAACGGUGGUAACGUCUCUCAGAUUGAAGUUGUGCAAUCAUAAGACUAGCCUGCCGCAAAUAUGCAGUGUAUCUGCAAAGAUCGAGUCAGAUACAUGGUCACAGGAUGAGCCCAUGCAACAGCUGCCUCACAUCGUCAACGCGAGAGACUGUUACAAUAGCUCCGAGACUCUGCUGAAGACGACGGAAAUUGGAUUGAGCUGGGAGAAAAGUUCACCAAAGCAGACAGACAAUGUUGUCACUGAGACUCCCAAGACAUUCAGCAGCCAUAUCAAGAUACCCAUUCCGAAUUUUGCGAGCGAUAAGAAAAUGUUUUUGCCUACUUUUUAUUCUUGCCUGAUCGCCAGGACAUACCAACUACAUCUAACUAUUAAUGUUGCAUCAGCAACUCUAAAGCUAGUACUGCCAGUGCAGCUGACAGCGGAGGAGCAGAAAGGAGAUGUGCAACCUGACGCUGAGGAUAUUGGGCUCCCGGAGAGCAGUGUGAGGUAUUCCAGUUCAUUGCCGUCAUACAUCGAGUCGGAGAGGAGGCAUUCACAGCCUGAGCAGUAA